AUGGUGUACAUUCCUCCUGAACCCUGGCUAAACAUAUUCUACGAAGAUGACUACAUGAUAGUAGUUAACAAACCUUGUGGUCUGCUCUCAGUUCCGGGUCGAGGGAACACACCUGAUAAGACAGAUAGCGUUUUGACCCGUGUGCGGAAAAAUCACCCGGCAGCAGAAUCUGCUCAUAGACUUGAUCUAGCCACGAGUGGAGUACUCACUGUAGCUCUAACAAAGGAAGUUGAAAUUAAAUUGAAAGAUCAAUUUCGAAGGAGAAGAACCUACAAGUUCUACAUCGCAAAAGUCUGGGGUCAUCCUACUGAAGACGAAGGGGAAAUCUAUCUUCCGAUCGUUAAGGAUUGGCCCAACAGACCUCGUAGCAAGGUUUGUUACGAGACUGGUAAGCCGUCAAUGACGUGCUACAAAGUGUUGGAGCGUUAUGAAGACUCUACUUCUCGUCUUCUCUUGACACCAGUGACUGGUCGGUCGCAUCAGCUGAGAGUUCAUCUUCAGGCUAUUGGACAUCCUAUCAUCGGAGACAGGUUUUACGCCCCGCAAAAUGUCCAAUCCAUGGCUCCUCGUCUUCUGCUGCAUGCAGAAACUUUGUGUCUUAGUCACCCACAUUUCUCAACCCCAUUCCAUGCUUACUGCAAAGCAGAUUUUUAA